GUAGUAUAAAUACGUGAUUAUACGUGCUGACAACUUGGAAAUCAUAAUCGUUCGACACAAUUCAGCAGACGACAACCUAUAGUGUCCAUUCUCGGUGUCCUGUGGUCAGUUCGUUCUUUCACAGCGACAAAUUAUAUUCCCCAGUACGACGAUCCGCAGAGUGGAUAAUGGCAUAUAAUUACUCCAAUGGUCGUGUUGGGGAGUGAAAUAAAUUAGCAGCAACCGAUAGAGGUGUCCUAACAAAUUCCGGCUGAGCUUAUGCUGCAGUAGAAGGCAUCAUGCGCUGUUCAAUUCACACUAUAACCAAGUUAUCCUUGUUCAUGGGAGCCACUGCUAUCAGCACCAUGGCGCUCGCAGUCGCCACCCAUAAUUGGAUUAUCUCGCACGAAACCACCACCCCAGUAUAUGCAGACGUAGAAGGUGACUUCAACGACACAGAAGAAAUGGAUCCCAUUGAAUUUAGAUUAAACCUCACAACUAACUUUGGACUUUGGCAAGUUUGUCUCACAAUCACGUGGUACUCCUUAAAACCCAUUCCAGGUAUGAAUAUGACUGACCCUACUGAAACCUGUAAAAGUUUGGUAGACUACGAAUCAACGCCCUCUGAUGAUACUUCAAACCAAGAAACGUCAUUUAAAAUAGCAGAAUCGCAAAGGAACACAGCACCUUUCUUCGUUGUCAAUCUAUUUUUGAUGCUGUUGGCUGCCAUUUUUCACGUUGUGGGCGUGGUUAAACAAAAUCCCAGGACCCUAAUCGCUGGAAUCAUUUACAUCAUUGCAGGUCUUUGUACCGCUAUGGCGAUUGUGCUGUACAUUACCUAUGUGAAUGAUGGGGUCCAUUAUGCAAAUCCGGAAAAGGAGGAUUAUCACUUUGAAUACAACUACGGUUGGUCGGCCUAUGUUCUCACCCUCUCUUACUUGUCAUCACAAGUUGCCGCUGUCCUCUGCAUUACCUUGUUUUUACAAAAGUACCCAAAACUGGACGAUAUAGUGAAACUGAUACCAGGUCUGGACAAAAAAGUGCCACAAACAAAUACUGCCCGCGUACUCUGUGACCAGGGAACCCGGAUCUAGAACAGUUAUUAUCAUUAAAACAAUGUAUAUACAUUUCGCGAAAUUUCACAUUUGAACUUUUUACCUUGAUAUGAUUUUUUAAAGUAUAUGUUGAAAGUGUUUGUUGAAUGUUUUUAGCGAUCGUAAUCUAUCUCGCUGCAGUUUCAUUGUGUUUUCAGUUUUUGUGAUUUAAAUCAUAUUUUGAUUCACAGUGUGGGACCUAAAAUCAUAAAAUCUUGCAUCUAGGGGCACACAAGUAAUCCACCGCGACAUUACCUUGGAAUCAUAUGGUUAUGCUUUGGUAAAUCCAUUGGGGACCGGGGUUGAAAUAGGUCCUCGGUACCUCUUACUUGUCGCAAGAUAAAAUUUAAUAUUGACCGGUUUUAAUAUACUUAUGAAGCAGAGUUUAUUCAAAAGCUUCUGUACAUGAGCAGAAAAAAUUUCUUGCUGUGGCCUUCAACUCGAUAUUUAGAUACAUCGACGACAUUUCAUCUAUUAACAAUAAUCAUUUUCAUUCAUAUGUCGAUUCGAUACAACCCAAUGAACUCGAGAUAAAAGACACCACAGAGUCCUCGACAUCUGCUUCGUACUUAGAUUUUUUUUUAAUUAUUGAAAAUGGAUAUUAACGACAAACUAACAACUCAACUUUAUGACAAACCGAAUGAUUUCAGCUUCUCCAUCGUCAACUUUCCAAAUUUAUGUAGCAAUAGUCCAUUAUCACCUGCAUAUGGUGUUUAUUUUUCUCAACUGAUGGGAUACGCAAGAGCUUGUUUUACGUAUAAGUUUUCAAAUCGAGGCAGACUACUGACAAACCAGUUGAUGUUACAGGGGUUUCAAAAGUCUCGUUUAAUAUAUAUAAUGGUCUAGUUUGCCAACACAACCUAUCAUUGAUCAAGUCAAAUGCUGUCUGACGUGUUUCAUACUGAUUGUUACGCCGUUCUUGGCAUACUGAUUUUGAUUACAGAUUACUCCGUUUACCUGAUCAAGACAUAGGGCUCACGGCGGGUGUGACCGGUCGACAGGGGGAUGCUUACUCCUCCUAGGCACUUGAUCCCACCUCUGAUAUAUCCAGGGGUCCGUGUUUGCCCAAUUCUUUAUUUUGUAUUCCUUAGAGGAGUUAUGAGAUUGAUCACUGUUCGUUAUUUUCACCUCUCAUUUUGCGCCAUGGAAGUCAUCGUUUGAACGGAAAAUUUUGUGUUAGUUUUUAUUAAAGAAUUGACAUACCUAGACGGUAAGUAAUGCAGCAUUAAUAACGAUACAGAGUUGGUUUGAUAGUUAAAUAACUUAAGGUGCACAUUGAUUGCUAGAACCGACCGAAGCUGAACGUAAAUUUCCAGACAUGAAUUAUGAAAGACUGUUCCGAGAUUCGGUGAAUGCCUCAGUCCAAAUAUUCAGUCGAGUUGAAUCUCAGCCUAUAUUAUUGGUGCAAUAUCCUUGACUCAGGCGCCUUCAGAUGGUAAAUCCUGAUGUUUGGAUUGUAUUUUACACAUCACGUAACUUAGAUACAUUGUAAUUAGGGGCAAAUUUAUAGACUAGCUGUUUUCACAGCCUUUCAAAAGCAAUUCAAGGUGACCUUAUUUUAUAUAAUUUUACCAAUUGAAGAUGGGUGUAUAGGUCAUGUCCUGUUGAGUAUGUCUUGGUCCAAAAGCAGGCCAAUGAUAUUUGGAUAACCUUUUUUCUCCUUAAACAUCUAGCAGAGAGAUUGUCAGUAUAGAGAAUCUACUUGUACUCUGCGUGUAAAAGACACCGGGAAAGGAAAAUUGUGUACAUAAUCCGAAAACAAGCCCCUGAUGUACAGAGCUCCGUGAAUACCGUUGAGCUCACGAUCUGCGACAAUAAAUAUAAGCGCAUGAUUAGUGCGCAAGACCCUGCAGCGGGUUAAUGCGAAGUCGAAGACUUCACCAUGGGGGACCUUCCCCGAGAAAUCACGCGAUUUUAUGGCAUUAAAAUUGCGAGAAAAAAGAUUAUAUUUGAAUUUACUAUUUUAGUAUAUUCUUGUCGUAGUGCUACAAAGAAAAUAAUCGAAAUAAUUGGUUGUCCUCAACGAAAUUUUGGUGUUUUGUUGUUGUUGCGAAUUUGAAGACAUUGAUCAAUGACUGUUAUUUGACCAGUGUAAACGUAUUUUCGGUUAACGUGAAAUAAGAAAAUCGUGGUAACGACUUUGCCAAAUUGAGACAUUCUAACAGCGUACAGUUGAACUAUUUUAUAGUACUUAGUAAAUAUGGAAACUAUCAUUCCAAAUUCAAAUAAUACUUUAACGCUUCCCUGAAAAAAUUAUUUCGAAUUCAAACAAUACUUUAGUUUAAAUUUUCAUUAUGUCCAGUAAUCAAUUUUCAUAUUAGGAACAGACGCCUUUGUUCUUUUUAAAGAGAUAAACUAUGUUGUAUGUUGUGUAAUACUGUACUUAAUUGGCACCUCAGCCCUCGACAAGAUCCGAGGCGUUCUAUUUCUAGAACGUUGUUUGUAAGGUCAAUAUAAAGAGGAUGUAAUGUACCUGUUUAUAUGCGUCAUAAAACAGAAGGCUCUGUAAGCUUUAUUUAGUAUAAAUAGACUAAUUGUUUUGGUAAUAAGCAUUCUAUAAGCACUCUACUGAAUUACAUUUGGAUUAUUACAUCUGGGGAUAGGAUUGGACUUAAGACCGUUUUUCUCGUGGGUAAAUUCAACUCGGCGGUAAACCGUCCACCGGACUCUUUCUGUGAACUUUGAUUAGACCUACUGUAAGUUAGAACUUUUUAUUGAUAUAGUUUUCUGUAAAUAUUGUAAAUAAAUUGUUUAAUC